UGUUACUUAAAUAUUAUUACUUCUGCAUGUUCUGUAGGGAUUAAUUGGAAAUAUUUUGCACAAACAAACACAUAAAAGCCAAUCAUGGCAGUCACAGUUUCUGUCUUAGCCAACAUUGUUGGAGUUCUUGGCCUUGUUGUCAUAGUGAUAAAACUGGUACAAAAAGUUCUGUCACACAGGAAGUGGGUAGCAGUAUAUGAUGCUUUGCCUGGAGAGAGUCAUAAGAAACAUUGGCUGUGGGGUCAUGUACAUCUGUACCCUGGUCCCAAUGAAGAGGGGUUGAAAUUUCAGAUGGAGAGGGUCUCCAGAUUUCCCAAACUUCAUUGCUUGUGGAUAAGUUUUAUUCGUCCUAUCAUUGUUAUGCACCAUCCUGAUACCAUGCGAGCUAUCCUUAAAACUUCAGAACCUAAACCAAGAGGCCUAGGUACAGUGUAUAUAAUGGGUGUGGACUGGUUAGGAGAAGGUUUACUGAUUGCCAAUGGGGAGCGUUGGGCCAGAAACAGACGACUACUGACACCAGCUUUCCAUUUUGAUAUACUUCAACCAUACAUCAAAGUUUACAAUAGAGCAACAGAUAUACUGUUGGAAAAGAUAGAAGACCGAUCUAGAGCUAACAAGUCAUUUGAAUUGUUCUCUAACAUAGGUCUAUGCUCCUUAGAUAUCAUACUGAGAUGUGCCUUUUCUUAUGAGAGUAACUGUCAGACACUGGGAGAAAGCCAUCCAUAUGUUUGUGCUGUGGAAACAUUGAGUGAAAUUUGGGUGGAUAGAUCUUUAAACCCAGUUUUGUUUCCAGACUUCAUUUUCUACCUAACAAAAAAGGGCAGGGAAUUUAGAAAAGCUUGUGAUUAUGUGCACACUGUUGCUGAAGAAAUUAUUGAGAAAAGGAGAAAAACACUGGAAGUCGAAGGAUUACCUAACAAAGACACGGGUAAAAGAACGAGAUAUUUAGAUUUUCUGGAUAUAUUGAUUACAGCGAAAGAUGAAAAUGGUGAAGGAUUAACUCCCUUAGAGAUCAGAAAUGAGGUUGAUACUUUCCUAUUUGAAGGACAUGAUACAACAACCAGUUCUAUGUGCUGGACUUUGUAUUCUAUCUCACAACAUCCUAAAUGGCAGAAAAAAAUACAGGAAGAAAUAGAUCAUUUAUUGAAAGCUAAAAAAUCUUCUGAAAUUGAAUCGGAGGACUUACCAAAACUAGAAUCAUUAACCCUUUGUAUCAAGGAAGGAAUGAGACUGCAUUGUCCUGUUGGUUUUAUAUCUCGUGUCACCACCAAGGAGAUGAUCAUAGAUGGCGUUACAAUCCCUGCCAAUACAACGUUAGCAUUACAGAUAUAUAAUCUCCAUCACAAUGACACUGUGUGGGAAAAUCCACAUGAUUUCAUGCCUGAACGAUUUUUACCUGAAAACUCAGCUGACCGAGAUUCGUAUGCUUUUAUUCCUUUUUCAGCAGGGCCAAGAAAUUGUAUUGGUCAACAUUUUGCCAUGAAUGAACAAAAGGUUGUACUUGCCAGACUUCUUCAAAAGUUUACUUUUCAACCAGAUCCAGACUGUCUGGUGAAGAAAAAGAUAGGAGUUGUAAUGAGAGCUGAAAAUGGAAUAAAACUGUUAGCACAUCCAAGGUCUUAAAGAUCUGAAAUACAUUGUAGUUUGUUGUUGCCUGGUAUUUACUACUGAAAUUAUGAUUUAUUGUGAUUUGUUUAUUUUUCACAUUCAUUUGUUAUGAUUGUUUGUAUUUGUUUUUUAAUCAUUUUUUAUAAUAUGUGACCAAUUUGAAUUUGUUUAUUUUGUGCCAUUUAUUUUCGUGGGUAUCAAUUUUCGUAGAUUGGGGAAAACUGACUUGUUCGUGGAUAUUUGAUUUCAUGGUUUUGCCGAAACCUGCGUACAAGCCUAUAGAAAAUUUGUUAUUCAUUGUACAUUUAAUUUUGUGGUUCACCUGUACCCACGAAAUCUACGAAAAUUGGUAUCCAAUGAAUAAUAAUGAAUCCACAGUAGUUUAACUUAUCAGAGUAUAUAUUAGACAGCCAUAUUUUCUGUCAGAUUGUAAAAGGAGUGCAUGGGGUUGGUAGGGAGUCACUUGACAUAAAUAAUUGUGAUAUUUGGUUGUAUUGUAGAGAAAAAUUUGACAAACAUUAUUUUUUUUAAAUUGUAUAUUGUGUGUUGAUCAGAGUGUUGUGAAUAGGGUGUCUUGAGGUUAGAAGGGCAUUCUAGCUUAUAUAUAGUUAUCAAGUAAUUAUCUAUUUUUGGACUUGCAACAAUCAGUUUGCAUAUUAAAAGUAUACAUUAUGACUUAAUUGUGUGUCAGUUUGCUACAACUGUAAAGUAAUCAUAGAAUUGAAUGAAUUAUGAGUGUGAUUAUUGUGAUAAUGUUUUAUUGUGAGGAAAGUAAGUGGUUGAAAAAAAUCAGCUUUUAUUAGAAUUAAUUUUAAACAUUGUGUACCAAAUUGUCUUUCAUUGAUUAUUGUUAUUAACACAGACUUAAAAUUAAAUAAAUUUACAAAUGAUAUUAUAAAUAAUAGUAUAAUUGUUGUUAUGUUUAAUUAAAGUGGAAUUCUCAACAAUGUCUUGACUUUAUCAAGCUAAGGACAUUGUUCAUAAUUUUCCUAUGAUUUUGUAAUCACUUUUCCAGGAUUUAUUUGUUUAAUUAUAUGUUGUUCUUGGAAAAGAAAAGAAAAACCCUCCAUUUAAUUUCUAUGCAAAACCAAAUAAAAAUAAUCU